AGAUCAGUGAGCAGCAGAAGGCUCAGAUCAGGACAGAUAGGAGCAGGGGAGCAGCUGCGAUGGCUUCAGGAAUCCUGGUGAACAUAAAGGAGGAGGUAACAUGCCCCAUCUGCCUGGAGCUCCUCACAGAACCCAUGAGCCUGGACUGUGGGCACACAUUUUGCCAAGCCUGCAUCACUGCAAACAACAGGGGGUCCAUGAUCGGCCAAGGAGAGAGCAGCUGCCCAGUGUGCAGGAGCACUUAUCAGCCUGAGAACCUGCGUCCCAAUUGACAUGUGGCCAACAUUGUGGAGGCGCUUAGGGAGGUCAAGUUGAGCCCACAGGAGGAGCAAAGGACAGAUCUCUGUGUGCGCCAUGGAGAGAAACUCCUGCUCUUCUGCCAGGAGGAUGAGAAGAUCAUUUGCUGGCUUUGUGAGCGGUCUCAAGAGCACCAGGGUCACCACACCUUCCUCAUGGAGGAGAUUGCCCAGGAGUACAAGGAAAAGCUCCAGGCAGCUCUGGACAGGCUGAGGGCAGAGCAUCAGGAAGGUGAAAAAUUGGAUGAUGACCUUGAAGAAGAGAGAACUUCCAAGAAGGAUCAAAUAGAAAAUGACUUGAAAAAUGUUCAGAAUUGUUUUAAACAACUGAGAGGUAUCCUGGCCAGUGAGGAGCAGAAGGAGCUGCAAAGGCUGGAGAAGGAGGCGGCAGAGAAUCUCGAUGACCUGUCUCAGGCUGAGAGUGAGCUGGCCCAGCAGAGGAAGUUGUUGAGAGAUCUCAUCUCAGAUCUGGAGCAUCGGUUGCAGGGGUCAACAGUAGAGAUGCUGCAGGAUGUGAAAGGCAUUAUGGAAAGGAGUAAGACCUUCACUCUGAAGAAGCCAAAAACUCUCCCCAUGAAGCAAAGGAGAGUGCUCCAAGCUCCUGAUCUGGGAGGGAUGCUACAAGUGUUUAAUGAACUCACAGAUGUGCGACGCUACUGGGGUAAGGAGAAAUCACAAUAUCACAAAGUCACCUUGUCCUCAUCUUCUUUUAGAAUUUUGCAUUUUCUGCUAGGUCUCUCGUAUAACGACCCAGGUUUUCCCUCCCAACACCCACAUAUAUGUUAUAUUUCUUCAGUGAGUAAUGCUCCUCAAGAACCAAAUCAAAUCCUUCCCAUUUUCCACUCAUUUUAUUCUCAAAACUCUCUUACAAUGUCACAAAUAAAGUAUGUCAGAUUCCUCACCCAACCCUGUAAUUUUUCUACAGUACACAUGACCCUGGAUCCUCCCAUGGAUAAAUCAAAUAUUGCCAUUUCUGAGGAUCGGAGACAAGUGAGACCUGUCUAUUUGUUGCAUUUGUUAGCUGAUAAGAUGGAUUUUGGUGUCCUGGGAUCCUGUUCUAUCACAUCAGGGAAGCAUUACUGGGAGGUGGAUGUGUCACAGAAACGUGCCUGGAUUAUGGGGGUAUGUGGAAAAUCAUUCCCUGGCUUCUUUCUCAGGGAAGUUCGAAGAGAAUCUUUAAAUAGAAAGCCUUUUUGCACUAGAUUUCAGCCUAAAUAUGGUUACUGGGUUAUAGGGCUACAGAACGAUUCUGAAUAUAAGGUUUUUGUGGAUUCUGCCUCCUCUGACUCCACGACAUUAACCCUGUACCUGAGUGUUCCUCCCCGUCGUGUUGGAGUUUUCCUAGACUAUGAAGCUGGCACUGUCUCCUUUUUUAAUGUCACUAACCAUGGGUUUCUCAUCUAUAAAUUUUCUUCAUGUUCCUUUUAUCAGAAAGUGUUUCCGUAUUUCAAUCCUAUGAAAUGCACUGCCCCCAUGACACUGUGUUCUCCAGGCUCUUAAACCUCUUACACCUUCACCCACUUCUCUGGAAUGCCUCUUGCCAUGGGUGCAUCUAAUGAGCCGAGCUCACCUGCACUGUUCUUACUAUCUUUUCCGGGCUUGUAUUUUUUUUUUUUUUCCCAUUUGAACACCCUUCAUUAAUCAAUAAGGUGUAAAAUUUGCCCCGUGCCAUAUUUUCCCAAAAUCUUAUUUGCAUUCAUAGAGAAUCCUAAUUCAUCACUUUUAUCAUCUCAAGGAAAAUGACUAAUGCCUCAUAACAAAAAGGCAUGUAUGGAGGUAACAUCUCUACCAAGUUC